AUGAACUCCAUUAUUUGCCCAUUCGUAGAGAGGCUCCUGCUUUUGUUGAGCAAGCAACUGAACAGCAGAUCCUUGUUACUGGUAUCAAGGUUGUUGAUCUGCUUGCACCAUACCAAAGGAGGAAAGAUCGGGUUGUUUGGUGGUGCUGGUGUAGGAAAAACUGUGCUUAUCAUGGAACUUAUCAACAAUGUUGCCAAGGCUCAUGGUGGUUUCUCUGUUUUUGCGGGUGUUGGAGAAAGAACUUGA